GCAAAUGCUCAGGUAACACAAUACGUAGCCGAAGUCUGUGUGCAUGUGCAGCGUGCAACACAAUCCUUCCUCCUGCUCACAUGUGGAGCUGCAGGCAGUUUCUUUGACUAAACACAUACAGCCAUCAGGAUUAGUGAUUAGAAUAAGCGUGUGCCUGAACAUCCAUGUUCCUCUAUAUGCUAAUCUACCUGGCUUAUCACAGCAGCAGAUGGAUACCAAGGAGCAAGAGGUUAAAAUAUCAAAUUGUGAAUGCAAUGUUCACAGCGCUGGUUCUGGUCCCUCAGUUCUACAUCAUAGGAAGGACGAAAUCAUCCAGGUACUGCAGUCAACCUCUUCUGAACAACCUGUCAGCAUCCAUCGCCUUGUCUUUCAUAGCUGCAGGUUUCUCAGUGAUAUUCACAGUGAUAGAUCCAGUUCCUCAGAGCUUGUGGGUGGCCUAUCAUGUGUUUGGGCUGCUGACAUGUGGGCAUGGACUGUGCACGACCGUCCUCACUUUGACAGCAACAUCAUGUGCCAAAACCACUCCUGAGCUGUACUACACCUCCCUUUUCCUUACAGUUGCUUCUAUUUUCAGUACAGGGUUUUUCCUGGUGAGGGGAGGAGUCAGAUGGACUAAGAGGCCGUCUGUGAUGGACCAGAACAGAAACAAUGAGCGGUAAAGCAGUCCAGCUGUCCCAUGUUGACACCUGAUACACUACAUAUUAAGAUUUCAUGUGGUUUCCAUGCCAGCAGAAACUUAAAACCAUGGGAGCAGAAGAAAAAAGGAAGCAGGCUUAAUGCAUCUCACGUUUUGAAGCUCACUUCAGAAAGAUACCAAAAGCAGAUGUUUGUGUCUCCAUCGUUAAAGCCGUUUCAUUUUUAUUAGAUGUUGGACAAUUUUACAUUUGUUUCAUAUGCUAAUAAAUACACAGCAGAUUCAGGGUUUUACUCAUACAACUAUAGAUGUCAAAUCUGUAUACUCUUUGUGACAUUUUAAAAGUAAAGUCACUUUAAUGGAUAUUAAAAAAGGAGGAGGGGCUUCAUAUA